GAUCAACGAUGGUGGCUGUGUAUAUUCGACGUGAUCAAGACUUGACUUUAUCUGCCUCGAGGCUCGCGCGGUUUUGAUGGGCGUCCUGGCUACCGAUAUGUUCAACCUUCUCGCACAGAACUUCAGUCUCGGUGGCUUUCCUUGCUAUCUCUCUUUGAAGGGUUGUCCUUCACCAUCAAAUGACAAUGGACUUUCCGAUUGGAUGUUAGUCAAUGGUUUCAAAGGUCACGUCGAUCCCGAUACGAGCCCUCAAUUCACAAUUCAUUGUUGCGAGAGUAUCCGACCGCGCGUCUUUCGCGCUUCCAUGGGCCCAUCCGGACGUCAGCCUACCACCCCUGUCGUUAUCAAAGUGGCGCGCACCGAGACGGAAUUGUCUUUCCUCCAGUGGGAAGGGAAAGUUUAUAAUCAGCACCUGAGAGCUUUGCAAGGCACUGUCGUCCCCAAGUGUUAUGGACUAUUCGUCACCAAUAACGGUGGAAGGAGGAUGGGUUGUCUCGUGUUGGAACACUGUGCCAUUACAAACAUCAGGCAUGCCGACUAUAGGUUUGUUUCUUGGCACUACUACGAACAACUCCCCUCACUGAAGCUUUCUUCCAGUUGCAAAAUCAUGAUUGCGAUGAGCAAAAUUCACCAAGCUGGGAAUGUCAAGCCUUCGUCCCAUAUCCUGACCACACCCGACGGUAUCCGCAUCGUCGACUUUGCUAGCGCGGCACUUCACGAGUGCCCGAAUGCCAUGCCGCGUCUGGUUGACACGAGGGACGCUUUUGCACGUCAAGCGGGACAAUGUAAGGAAUUGGCCGUUUUGGAAUACACAUACGGAUUGGCGGAUGGCAGGCAUAUCGACGAGAUGCUCCAGGCAUCUAAUAGCCUCUCCCCCCCACCGGUUGCGCAUAUACAUUCGCACCAGAAAAAAUACGCUGAAUUAAGUCGGUCCCAUAGGCCGACCCGUUUCUAGCUUGCAGGCACAUUUUCUUAUAAUUGUAUCGUGUA